UCGCGGCGAAGUACACCUAGGCUUACUCUCUAUCUCCGCACUUCAGGAACCAUAAAUACAUACCUUGCAAUGACGCAUUUGCCGUCGCGACGGGCAUCAACUCAUCUGAAAUCAAUCAUAAAUAACAGUACCCGAUCUCUCUGCAUCAGCACACCAAGGACCUAGCCAACACUUCAGGCAGACGCAUAUCGAAAGAGGGCAUUCGAUCGCACAACCACAACAUCAAGAGAAACCCCAAUAGAAGCAGGAGCGCAGCCAUGGCACCCGAGCACUCCAUCAUUCUCUCUCCUCUAGACCAGACGAUGCCUCGGGCCUAUAUCCCCACGGCCCUCGUUUUCGCAACCAAAAACUAUGAGUUGGCGAUCUCGCAUCUGCAGGCCGGCCUGGAGAAGACGUGCACGCAGCUGCCGUGGCUGAAGGGUCGUAUCAUAGAGAGGGCGAAUGAACGGAAGCAGCUCGCUAUUCGUUGGGAUGUAACAGCACCAACGCCAGUCAUAGAGGAGAAGGAUGCCCCUGAGGGUUUUCCCGGUUUCGCACAGCUUGUAAAGACAGGAGGACCAGCGGAGUAUUUUCAAUACGGGAUGUUCCCCUCCAGCUGUCUAGCCAGGAAUCAGGAGGUGGAGGAACCCGGGGCACCAGUUUUCGGCACCAGCUGUGUGAGGAUUGAGGGAGGGCUGGUAUUUUGCGCGUCUAUGCAUCAUGCUGUCAUGGAUGGCAGCGGGUAUGGCGAUUUCGUAAGGCUUUGGGCCGAGAACACGCGCGGUAGCCUAGGCUCUUCCAUGGCGCCGGAUCCGGAGGAGCCGUUGAAUAGAGGGGGGCGCCUUGCAGAUGCCAUCGGACCUCCUUCAAAGCGGGAUGAGCUCACAAUUGAGAGCCUAUUGAAAGAGCACCGCGAGUACAAGCUCCGAUCCUCCGAAACCCACCCACCUACUUCCUCAUCACCAUCGCCCGAAGCAAUCCCACCCGGCACCUCGAAGAUCUUCACCUUCUCCGUGCCCAAGCUACGCGCCGUCAAAACGUCCUUCCCGCCCCACCUUAUCGAAGACUCCUUCGUGACAGUCAACAAUGUCCUCUGCGCAAUCCUCUGGUCGCACGUCUCCUCUAUCCGUUGCUCGCGCCCCGAGCACCCUGAACCUGCGUCAGACUCGCUUUUCGGCUUUGCGGUAAACGGGCGGCGGAUCCUGGGGCUCAAUGAGCCCACAGCUCCGUUUCUGGGCAACGUGACGCUGCUCGCACAAGCGGAUGCACACAUGGAGGAGCUAAAAGCUGUAUCCGUAGAGGAUCCGACUGCCCUGGCACCAGUGAUAUAUUCUAUUGCUUGCGCUGCUCUUCUGGUUGAUAAAGCAUACAUUGAGUCCCUCGUCCAACUCGCCUCCCUACUGCCGGAUCUCUCAGGCAUGGAACCAGGCUGGGAUGCCAUAAAUGGCCCGGACUUCAACGUCACGAGCUGGGUGUAUAUGGGACUGUAUGACUGCGAUUUUGGCGAUGCAGUGGGGAAGCCGGAACUCGUGAGGUUGCCAUGUCUGCCGGUUGAUGGACUGGCCAUGAUACUCCCCAAGCGGAUGAAUAGCAUUGGAGAGGAGACGCUGGAGGUCAUGGUCGUGUUGAGGACAGAUGAUAUGGAUAGGCUGAGUGAGAGUGAGACGUGGAGAAGUUGGCUCGCAGAGGAAAAAUAGAGAGGGCCGGGGAGCUAUAGACAGCGGAUGCAGCUCGAAUUUGCACCAACAUAGUUAACAGAUGCAGAACAAGCGCAUGCAUCUCCUUGCUCCCAAGAAAAAUCCGAGCCAGAGUCCCCAUACCCACG